UUCAGACAAGAUGGACCCACAUGGGGCCCUCAGCUGAUUUCGCGGCGUUCAAUUGUUAAUUAUGAUAAUUUAGAAGUAGUGCUUUUGUUUCUAAGUAAUAAGUGCCGGAAACUAAGUGAUAGUGAGCAACAGACAUGCCGCCUUCGGAAGGAACUGAAGAAGAGACGUGGGGCGACUUGGCAAACAUUUUGGCCGAACCUCCGGACAGGCGUCAGAAGUGCGAACAAUGCAAGCGACCAAAAGUAGUCUGUUGGUGUCACGCGCUCCCGAAUCCAAAGCUGUCACCGAACUCUCGUAUUAUUCUCUUGCAACAUCCCGCCGAAGAGAAGCGCUGUUUGCGUACAGCACCAAUGCUCCAAUUAGGUUUAGAUCCUGGCAAAUGCCUUGUGUUCAAAGCAAAGCGAUUUCCUCUUCCCAGGCAUGGUCCUGAGUUGGAGGAAAUUUUAGAAUCAUCAAAUAAUCUGUUAUUGUAUCCAAGUAAAGAUUCUAUCCCAAUAGAAAAAGUUGAUAAAUCAAAAGGUCCAUUCAAUUUGAUAUUAAUUGACGGGACAUGGCCACAAGCAAAGGCCAUUUACGCCAGUAGCCCUAUUUUACAUCAAAUGACGCAGGUUAAGUUAGUCUCCUCCGGUCAGAGUAAUUAUAUUAUAAGAACGCAGCCCACGGAGGGUUGCUUGAGUACGCUUGAAACGGCUGCCGAGAGUCUUUCGAUUUUAGAAGAUAACGUAAUUUAUCGAACGAAAUUGAUAGAACCUUUGCAUACUUUGUGUAAGUAUCAACUUGAAAAUGGUGCCGUUGAGCAUCAAUCUAAAGAAUUUCUUAUAAAAAACCAUCGGUAUCCGAAAUUAAUAGGGAAACGAUUGAAUAAGUUACUAAAAAGUACUGAAAUUGAUAAGAGCUGAGUAAGUGUUAAGAUUAAGAGUGAGCAAAGUUGUAAAUUAAAAUGUUUAUAUUCUAAGAAAAGCUAUAAUAUAUAGAAUAGUUAUUUUUAUCAAAAA